AUGAAUCGAUUCAAAAAGCAAGUCGAGACGGACACAAUGACGCGCAUUGCAAUCGUCGAAAAGGACCGUUGCAAACCAAAAAAUUGUGGCUUAGCGUGCAAAAAGUCGUGCCCAGUCGUUCGAAUGGGUAAGCAAUGUAUUAUUGUGGAAAGUAAUGCAAAAAUUGCCGAAAUCUCCGAAACUCUUUGUAUUGGUUGUGGUAUAUGUGUUAAGAAAUGUCCAUAUGAUGCAAUUAAAAUAAUAAAUCUACCAAGUAAUCUGUCAAAAGAUACUACUCAUCGCUAUAGCCAGAAUUCUUUCAAACUUCAUCGAUUGCCAACUCCAAGAGCUGGAGAGAUUCUGGGUUUGGUUGGUACAAACGGAAUUGGUAAAUCGACUGCACUAAAAAUUCUUGCUACCAAAGUGAAACCAAAUUUGGGGAAAUUUGAUGCUCCUCCUGAUUGGCCAUCUAUUUUGGCAUACUUUCGAGGCUCCGAAUUGCAGAACUAUUUUACGAAAGUUCUCGAAUACAACUUGAAAACAAUUAUAAAGCCACAAUACGUGGAUCAAAUUCCUAGAGCGGUGAAAGGAAAAGUUUAUGAUUUAUUGGCUGAAAAAUGUGAUCGUGGCAAUUUGGAAGAAAUAAUGGAAGAGCUUGGUAGACAAAAAGCACAUUUUAGGUUUAUCGAAGAUAUUAUUUCAUGUGCGAAGAUUUUCCAGUUUGAUGGAAUAGUAGAUUGUUAUACAGAAGAUGUUUCAGAACUUAUUGGAGUGAAAGAUCGGAUGUUAGACCAGUUAUCUGGAGGAGAACUUCAACGUUUUGCUAUAGGAAUGUGUGUCGUACGGAAAGCCGAUGUUUACAUGUUUGAUGAACCCUCAAGUUAUCUAGAUGUGAAGCAACGCCUUAAAGCUGCCAAGAUAAUACGAGAUAUUGUGAGUCCGACUAACUAUGUCAUCGUCGUCGAGCAUGAUUUGUCUGUUCUUGAUUAUUUAUCUGAUUUCAUUUGUUGUCUUUAUGGAGUACCUGGUGCAUAUGGUGUCGUUACUUUGCCUUCGGGAGUGCGCGAAGGAAUCAAUAUAUUUCUAGAUGGAUUUAUUCCUACUGAAAACAUGCGGUUCAGAGAUACGCAAUUAUCAUUUAAAGUAACAGAACAGGCUGAAAAAGAAAUUGUCAAACGUAAUGCUCGUUAUUGUUACCCUUCUUUUAAAAAAAAAAUGGGUAACUUUGAGUUAACUGUCGAAGGUGGCGAAUUUACUGAUUCUGAAAUUAUAGUCAUGUUAGGUGAAAAUGGCACUGGAAAAACAACUUUAAUCAGGCUAUUGGCAAAAAGUUUACCAAUGGAUGACGAUGAUGUUCAACUUCCGCAACUAAACAUUUCUUAUAAACCACAGAAGAUUAGUCCAAAGCAUCAAGGAUCUGUUCGGCAGUUGCUUUUCCAGAAAAUUCCGGAUAUGAUUAAUCAUCCACAGUUCAAAACAGAUGUGGUUAUUCCACUUAUGAUUGACAAUAUCAUGGAUUUAGAGGCACACUUUACUGUGCAAAAUCUUUCCGGUGGUGAGCUUCAACGGGUCGCUUUGACAUUAUGUCUUGGCAAAACUGCAGAUGUAUAUUUGAUUGAUGAACCCAGUGCUUAUCUCGAUUCAGAGCAACGAUUACAUGCAGCUAAGGUUAUUAAAAGGUUCAUUUUACACGCUAAGAAGACAGCUUUCGUAGUCGAGCAUGAUUUUCUAAUGGGCACUUAUUUGGCUGAUCGAGUUAUUGUUUUCGAUGGAAAACCUUCUAAAUGCGCGAAGGCGAAUACGCCGCAGUCGUUGCUUGAGGGUAUGAAUCGCUUUCUGAAACUUCUUGAUAUUACUUUCCGACGAGAUAAAGACAAUUAUAGGCCAAGAAUUAAUAAAAGAGAUUCAGUGAAGGAUAUGGAACAAAAAAGGAGCGGAAAUUAUUUCUUUCUAGAUGAUUAA